AUGGAUGUGGAUGAAUUUUUAACUGCUUUUCAUAACGGAUUCAAAGUCGAUCUGUCUCACUUCAAAUUGAUCAUUGAAGUUCAUCAAAUACAUCAAAAUGACAAAUCCUUUAAGAAUUAUCGUCAAGUUUUCUAUAACUUUUUAGACCACCACUCCCAAAAGACAGUUGAGGGAUAUCAACCUUAUUGA